AUGGUUGGAACAUGUGACAAGAAACUAAUAAUUCUUGAUGAUUUAGCUCCAUGGAUCAAGAUCCCUAGCAGCUGGAUUCAUGACUACACUCCCUUGCUAGCUAUUAAACCACCUUUGGGUCAUAAUGCUUCAGACAUAGUGGCUAAGAUCAAAGAAGGUUUGAACUCGGGUGAAGUAGAGAACGGUAAGUACUUGAAGGUUUAUCUUAAAGAGGAUUUACCUAGCAGGCUGCAUUACACAGAGAGUGAGAGGAUCCCACCUAUCAUAGGACUAGUUGAUGAGGGGUUCAAGGUUGAGCAGAAGAGGAGUGAAGCUAAAGAAUGUGGUGGAGCUCAUGGGUAUGACAAUGCUUUCUUCUCCAUGAGGACUACAUUUAUAGGGCAUGGUCCUAUGUUUGCUAAAGGAAGGAAAGUGCCUUCUUUUGAGAAUGUUGAGAUAUAUAAUGUGAUUAGUACGAUUCUAGGGCUUAAGGCUGCACCAAAUAAUGGAUCUAGUGAGUUUGCUUCAAGCGUUCUCUUGCCACGCACGUAA